AUGAGGUUGCACAAGCAUGACCACCUCUCCUCCAAAUUGGAGGAGGACACACCUACACCGAAGAGGAGAAGGAAGAAGCAGAAGUCAAAGCUGAGGAUCAUGAAGCCGCCAGAGGCGACAUGGGGCAAUGCCACGCGCCACAAUGGGAGCCCUAGAGACGCCUGUGGUGAAGAACAGCCAGACAGCUAUAGCGAUGCCGGCUAUGGAGGCAAAGGUCUUGCUGGAUGUAGCAGUGGCAGCCACACCUACAACACAUCUACUCCCGCUAGAGGUGAGAGCAACAAAGUUUGUGCCAAGGCAUAUAGUUGCCCUAAGUGUAAGAACACGUUCUUCCCCACACCUAGGCGUUGGGAGGCCACAUUACUCAUCAUCACAGAAUCAUGGAGAAGAAGGGCAAGGCAAAGCUAG